AUGGAGACGGCGGCGAUUGGCGUGACUGAGAUAGAAGGAAGGGGAAGGGCAAUGGUGGCUCUACGCCCUUUAAAAGGAGGUGAAAUCGUUCUCAGGGACUCCCCUAUCGUUCUUUACUCUGCUCUUCCUUUUCACUCGGACGAUCACCAGAAAAACAACAAUUGCUACUGCUCCCAUUGCUUCACCAGCAUCUCACAGCAGCCGCAAAAGGUCUCUUGCUCCACCUGCGGAUCCCGAUUCUGUACAUUCGAAUGCCAAUCCGUCGCUUCCACCACCUCCCACACCCCGUGGGUCUGCCAAGCGCUAAUACGGCUCCGGCAAUACUUUUCCGACCACCAUCAACCACUAGACCUCCAGCUCCAGGCUCGUUUUCUGGUUUCUGCUUACAACCUCGCACGUGUCUCCCCAGAUAGGUUUCGGAUGUUGUCGUCCCUUCAAGGCUCCGUUCCUUCUCAGCCCGAUGCGGAUUCCUCUGCGACCUUUCUCCAUUCGCUUAUCUCUUCCAUCUGCCCACCUCCGCCCCUCGAAUUAGAGUUUUCUUUGGAAUUAACUUCUGUUCUGCUGGCCAAGGACAAGCUCAACGCCUUCGGAUUAAUGGAACCUUUUUCGGAAGAAAGGGAAGGGAGAUCCGUCAGGGCAUACGGGAUCUAUCCAAUGGCAUCUUUCUUCAACCAUGAUUGCCUUCCAAAUGCUUGCAGGUUUGAUUAUAUUGAUGUUGCUGGAUCGGCCUCAGGUAACAACACUGACAUCACCAUUAGAAUGAUCCAUGAUGUCCCACAAGGAAGGGAAAUCUGUUUGAGUUAUUUCCCAGUGAAUCUUAAGUACGCAGAACGUCAAAAGAGUCUCAGGGAUGAUUACGGGUUCCUCUGUGACUGUGAUCGAUGCAAGGUGGAGGCGAAUUGGUCUGAAAGUGACGAUGAUGGAUUAGAAGUUGAUGCCAUUGAUGAAGAAGAAGCUGAGGACACCUCCGGUGUUAUGGAUGAGGACCCUGAUGAACAAAUGCAAGAUGAAGAAGACACUGAUGCGAUGAAAGGAGAAGAUGACUUUCCUCAUGCUUAUUUCUUCCUGACUUACAUGUGUGAUCGAAAGAACUGUUGGGGCACAUUGGCUCCCCUGCCUCCAUCUGUUACCACAACUCCUAGCGUAAUGGAGUGUAAUCUUUGUGGAACCUGUAAAAAUCUUGAUCAGGUAUGA